AUGGAAGUCCUGCCUCCACCAGACUACCCUCCGGUCCAGCCGAGCGAAUAUCCUCAAAUUCCAACUCGAACGCCGGCAGCGACUCUUGAGAAAUUGCAUGCUUCUUGCGUCAGUGGUGAUAUCCAGAAAUUUCGGGAGAUUCUUGACUCGCAAAGUUCUUCAUCGGAGGACUUUGAUAUAUGCGACUUCUAUGCGAUAAUGAUCGAAGCCAUCAAGCUAGAUGAUGUACAGUUCAUCAAAGAGCUUCUUGAUCGCGGCUUGCCCAUGGAUCCACUCUAUGCAUUGGAAUCCAUCAAAGUGAAGGGGAAGGAUGCUCUCGAAGUUUUCCUUCAAAAUGGAUGGAAUAUCAAUGAGCCCAUAAGCGAGCUUAAACCUCCCGUACUAGGCUAUGCUAUUGCAGAUGAGGAGAUGACAGCUUGGCUCCUUGAUUAUGGAGCUGAUCCUAAUCGACAAUGUGUUAUUGAUCUCACCCCACUUUCCCUUGCUGUUGAGAGCGCCCCAAUAUCAGUCAUCCAGCUUAUGCUCAGUCGUGGCGGAGAUCCUCGAAAAGGCCAACUCCUCCAUCACGCAAUCGAACGGCAUUCAGAUAACAUUGCGGUCUUAAGACUUCUCAUCGAAAAUGGGGCGGAUAUCAAUUCAACUAUGUACGAGGAUCAUUAUCCUUCUCGGGCGCUCUUCUGCUUUAUGGAUCUUGGAACGGCACUGCACAAAGCAGCUGAACUCGGCAAAGUGGAUGUAGUUCGCUACUUGAUCAGCGAAGGAGCCAACUUGAGUAUCAAAGAUGCAAAUGGUCACACAGCUCUGGAGUAUGCGCAAAUGUUAAAUCAAUGGGAAGUCAUCCAGGCACUCGAGAAAGGGAAUUAG